UUGAAAUGUUUACCGUAUCCGUUUUGUUUGAAUUGAAGUCAGUGUCAGCGCUAAUUAGUCAACUAGUGACAAGACUGAAUUAUUAACUGAUGUACUUAUGAUGUCGGAUACUAUGACGUACCUAGUGAUCAGUGUGUGUCUUUUAUUUCUGGGUGACGUAUUAGCAGACAAUAAGAAAUGGCUGCCUGAUACUAACUUCAACAAUCCAAAGAACUGGUCACCACCAGGAAUACCUUGUGGGGAUGCUGUGGUCAUUCUACCAACAACUCUUCGGGUGGUGUAUGUCCAAGUUAAUACAACCAUGAGGGAGAUGAUUCUGCCUGUGUCUGGUGAGCUUAUCUUAGGACAAAACAUGAACAUUGGCUUCACAGACCAACCGCAAGCAAAUUGUCCAGGGGGAGAUGUAGAUUUUGAUGCUGGACACAUGGAGUCCUGGCUGAAUCCCAACAACUGGUGCAACGCCAGUGGCAGAGAUUUCAGUUGUGAUCUGCAACAGCCAGUUCUGGACACGGAGAGGGUCCCCUGCAACUUUGACAGCGUCAUCUUCCCGCUGGACCAUCUGUUUGCUGUUGACAUGUCAGAGAGUUUCAACGUGUCACUGAAGUCUUUCAAGUAUCAACGAGUGACCUAUACCAGCACCAGUGACCUCAGACGAUAUUUGAACAGCACAGACGGACGUCUGCUAUUUCAUACACCAGAGGGCGCUCUGCCCAUUACCAUUGACCGGAACCAGAAAUGCCAAUACGGAAAAGGGUGUCCAUGUGGAAAUGAUAAACCAGAGAUCGCUAAUUUAAUAUGUGCACAAGCAAGAUGUAAUCCAGUAAAGUGCUAUGACGUGAUAAGGCCAGUUGGAUCCUGCUGUAAUCUCUGUGGUGUUGUAUUUAACAUCACUGUUGGCCAGGAUUUCAAUCUUCAAAAUUUUAGAACAGAAAUCAGAAGCAGAUUUUUUGCAUCAGCUAAUGAUAGUGCUAUUGUGGUAACCACAUCAAUCACCAGUGAUAACUUCGUUCAACUUUUACUGACCGAUACAACUGGAGACCUGAGUAAAGAUAUAGGACGACAAAUUGAAGCAGAUUUACAGCAAGAUAUUCAACUUGGUGGACUUAUUUUUAAUAUUAAGGACUUGACUGUUUCGUUUGGUUCACCUGUCAACUCACCACAGCGAGGUCAUAUCUUAAACACUCGUGAGAUCACUGGCAUCUCUGUAGCAGUUGUGGCUGUCGUGAUAGGAACAACGACUGUCAUAAUCCUCAUUGUCUGCAAGAAACAGGGUCUUAAAAUCACGAUGCCGAAACUGAGCGACCUGCCUCGACUGCCCAGGUUCCCAAGUAAGGGCCCUAGACCAACGGCACAUGUCACACCCGGCUUCUUCUUUCAGCCGCACACGUCACCACACAUUGAUCCAGGAUUUGCUAAUCCUCUUUACGACACGGCGACACCUCUGGAUGACAAUGUUGUCUUUAAAGAAAUGAAGGUCAUGGGUCUGUCUGAAGAAUUGCCAACAUUUGAUACCAGCGACAGAGGCUUUCAGAACCCAAUGUACGGAGUCGAACAGCCUCUUUCUGAUCCGACGUCUGUGGACAUAAAACACAAGGCCAAGGACAGUUCCAUCUAGAGUGCAGCCCCAUUUAGUGUUAACUUCUGCAGCGUUAAUUCAUGAGUUGACGUCACACCCACCCCCUCCUUAAAAUUUUGUUUAAAACGAAAUAAAGUUCAUUGUUGAUAUUUAUUGUUUGUCGUUACAUAUUGUCUUUGGCCUUGUAGAUAUUACAAAUAGAUGACUUUAAUGCGCA